AUGGACACCAAACGAUUCAUCCAGAUGGUUGAGGAGAAGAAAAAGAAGAUCAUGGAGAGAAAGGAAGCCCCUUUGAAAUGGGAGCAGAAGCUGGAAGCUGCUGCUGAAGCCAAAGAGAGAAAACUUAAGGUUACAAAGCAUAGAAAAAGGUCAGUUUCUGAUAGUGACAGUUAUUAUGACAGUGAUGAUGAGAGUAAUAGGACAAGUAAAAGAUCUCAUAGGAAGCACAGGAAGCAUUCUCACUAUGACUCUGGUGACCAUGAGAAAAGGAAAGAAAAAAGUUCGAAAAGGAAAACAAAGAAAUUGUCUUCAGAGUCUAGUGAUUUUAGUAAUGAUGACUCCGAGAGUAGCUUUGAGGAGGAGAGGAGAAGAAAGAAGAAGCAGAGCAAGAGGCUGAGAGAUCGAGGUUCAAGAUCAGAUUCAAGUGACUCUGACGAAGGUGAAAGUACGGUUCGGAAAAGAAAUCAUGGAAAGCAUAGCAAACGCCAUCGACGAUCAGAGUGUAGUGAAUCUGACUUGUCAAGUAAUAAAAGUGACGAUGCUCUACGAAAGAAAGGCCACAGCAGGCACCAUAAACAUCAUAAGCGAUCACAUAACGUGGAGCUGAGGUCGUCUGAUUCCGAUUAUAACAGUAAUGUUCAAAGAAGCAGAUCAAAGUCAUUAGAAGAAAAUUCUGAAGAUCAAAACAAAAGAUCAAUGCAUAAGAAGCCUAGUCGCCAUCAUCGUCAUCACCACCACCAUCACCACAAACACAGGUACCACUUGGAUGAUGAGAGAAAUCACAGGCGGCAGCACUCCCCGAAAUCUAAUGACAAGUAUGAUGAGCAAUUUGACAAAACGGAAACCGAGAAAAAGGAUGGUGAUCAUCAUGAAAGUAGAGCUAUGGAUGAGAAUAAUGAUGACCAAAUUGUUUGAUUAUUUGGAAUCUAUCCUGUUGUCUGUCGUUGUUCAUUACUGGAAUUGACAUUCAAAUUAAAGUUAGACAUUUCAUUGCCAUGUCGAAUGUAAUAUUUGAUAGUUAUUGAUUGUUGAAACUUUGCACUUGGUUAUUGUUGGCUGAUAAC